AAGCUUUAAAACUCAAUGGAAGCCAGGUUAGGAAAAUCACCGGUGCCCUUCUCCGGGGCACUAGAUCGCGUUACAACAUUGGACUUGUAGGAGAGCCCACGUGCGAGUUCUGUGGAGAGGCAGGUUAAAUCCAAGCAUGUAGUCUGUCACUUGAUCAAAGACAGACAUCAGCUCCUUGAUGACAGAACCGCUGAGGGUGAAGCAACUGGUUGAACGGGCUGUCCUUAUGUAAAGAAAUUUGUAAUCACCCUGUACAGAGAGUGCAAUCCCUCCCAAACAGCGUGUUUCUAACCUAACUUUUAGUUCAUAUUUUUAUUAGUUUAUACUUUUUAUUUGUUAGAAAUUUAUGCCGGUAGUGAUAUCCUUUUUAGAUGAUUUUUGAGGAUGACAAUAAAUAUUCACUAACAAGAGCCAGCACGUAGCUAUGAUAUGCGAUUUACAACUUUAUUCAAAAGUAUGAGAAUUUUGGCGACCCGAUUAACGUCCAAAACAUGCACGAGACAAUUCAACGAUAUUUCUUUCGAGGACAUUUCCGAUAUAUCUCCCACUGUAAUCAAACGAGCGCUUAACUCACACAAGCUUAGUUACGAAGAGGGCCACACAUGCUUUCUAAUUAACUGCCCCGUAUGCCAGCGGAAGGCCAAAUCGUUGAGCAACCCCAAACUUUUCAUUAACAAAAAGACAGGAGCAUUCCAGUGCCCUUCGUGCAUGUCCUUCGGCCAGUGGAAUUCCCUCGAGUCUUAUGUUAGUACGAAGCGGAGUAAAACGGCCGGGAAACCUACGUUGACUUCGAACUUGGAGGUCGUGUCUCAGUACCUUAAGAAUAUCGAAAAUACCACAAUACCCUUAAGUAACUUUUCCGAAGGAGACUUUGUCAAAAUCUGCAAGGAAUUUCAGCUUCCGGACGUCUCAUACUCUUUGCUUCAACAUAUCUCAAUUAGAAUAGACUUAGCCCACACGAACCUGUAUUUCCCGCUUGAAAAUGCGUUGUCGACGACCGUUGGUUAUCGAAUACUGCAUAAAAAGCAAAAUGGGCAGAUAACGCCGAAAGUGGAGCCUUUAGUCGAAUGUGAAGGUGUUUUGGCAGGUAAAUCGACUAAGGUCAAAGACACCGCAGUUGUUGUGCCUAACCUGUCCGAUUUUCUAAUACUGCUGAACCAAAGAUUAUCCAAUUAUAUAGUGUGUUUACCUAAUGGUUUAAUAAACUUACCGCAGUACAUUUUACCUAGCCUGGAGAGAUUUAGUAAAUUGAUUCUGUGGUUCGGUAAUGACCUAAACUCCUGGGAUUCAGCAAGAAGCUUUGCGAAGAAAUUAAACGAGAAACGAUGUCUAUUCGUGAGGCCAACAGAAAAUCAAUUGUUACCUCAUGAUGCAGUCGAGAGGGACUUCAAGGCAAUUGUCGCCGCGGCCAAGCCUAUUUGGCACAAAUCCAUUACUACAUUUUCAAGUUUGCGCGAAGAUAUUUUGUCUGAUUUGCAAAAUAUUGAUAAGGUGCACGGUGUCAAAUGGAAGCGCUUUCCUACGUUAACUCGUAUUUUAAAAGGUCAUAGAAAAGGGGAGCUAACUGUGAUAACUGGCCCAACUGGUUCCGGUAAAACAACUUUUAUUAGCGAAUACUCGCUUGAUCUUGCUAUACAAGGUGUUAAUACCUUGUGGGGAAGUUUUGAAAUAAGAAAUGUCCGUUUGGCUAAAACCAUGCUACAACAAAUGGUUGGUUUACCUUUGGACAAAAAUUUGGAGAAGUUCGAUACGUUUGCGGACGAGUUUGAAAAGCUUCCAAUGUAUUAUAUGACUUUUCACGGACAACAGGCGGUCAAAGUAGUAAUGGAGGCCGUAGAGCAUGCACAGUACGUGUACGACAUUUCUCACGUAAUCAUCGACAAUGUCCAGUUCAUGAUGGGCAUUAGCGAAGAUCAGAAGCAUAUGGAUCGAUUUUGGAAGCAGGACGUCAUUAUUGCAGCCUUCCGUUCGUUCGCCACUAGGAAAAAUUGUCACGUUACCCUAGUUAUUCACCCCAGAAAGGAGAGAGAUCUGGACGAAUUGACGACCAACUCAAUUUUUGGCGGCGCGAAGGCGUCUCAGGAGGCCGAUAAUAUUCUAAUAAUACAAGAUAAAAGCUUAACGCCUCAGCGUGGCAAAAAAUAUUUACAGAUUGCCAAAAACAGGUAUAGCGGUGAUAUAGGGAUUAUGACUUUGGAAUUCGAUAAAACCGCCUUAAGCUUUGCGCAAAAAAAGAAAAAAGCGACAGAAGAAGCUGCGGACACUUAACAGUAGUAUCUAUAUCUGUGAUAGAUAAUAAACAUUUGUCUACA